CACCACACACAACCAUGGGCGCUGCAUUCGACUUUGCGCCGGAACGGCCAGAGCACAUCCAGGCUAUCCUCGAUGGCCUGGACAGAUACAACCCCGAGACCACUGCCACAUUCCAGGACUAUGUCAUGCAGCAGUGCGAGAACCAGACGUACGACUGCUACGCGAAUCUGGCCCUGUUGAAGCUCUACCAGUUCAACCCCCACCUCGCCCGCGACGAGACCAUCACAAACAUCCUCGUCAAGGCCCUCACCGUCUUCCCCAGCCCCGACUUCUCCCUCGGCCUCUCCCUCCUGCCUGUCCACGCCCUUGCGCCUCUCUCCUCCUCAGCACACAACCCCGCCGCCGGUGAUGCCCCGCUCUCAGAAGCCGUACAAAAGCUGAACGAGCUGAAGAAUCUGCUCGAGGGCGCCGACUACGCUACUUUCUGGUCGACAUUGGACUCAGACGACCUGUACGCCGAUCUGAUCGCCGACGUUUCUGGCUUCGAGGAGCUGAUGCGCGUUCGCAUCGCUGCUACCGUCAGCCAGUCUGUGCGUGAGGUCGACCAGAGCAUCCUCGAGUCAUGGCUCAAUUUGUCGGGCAAUGAAUUCGAGCACUUUGUCGGCAGCGUAUGUGGCUGGUCUGUCGAGAGCGGCAAAGUCAAGGUGCCCAUCAACAAGGAUAACGAGGCCAAGGGCACUGUUGUGAGGGAGAACGUCAAGUUUGAUCAGUUUGCACGCGUCAUCAAGAGGGCGUACGAGCAGCCUGCAUGAGCGAUUAAUGCAUGAUACGAAGAUACGAGAUGACGGACAUCAGCUCUGCAAGGAGAGCGCACGCUUGGUGAAGCAUGCGGCGGAGCAUGGAUAGGCGUUGAGGAGCGUGGCUGCAGCAGCCUGCACAGAGGACGCGAUAGUCACUCUACCCACAGCAAUGGACUUGAGCUUGCAAAGCUUGUAUAUACCCCAGCGAACGACUGUAGUACACUGCUAUGACCUCCCCAGCUCUGCAGCAAGGAAAGCCAAUACAGGCCGAUGUCGUGGCGGGCGAGGUCAGGUAGAUAUGAUGAAUACAUCAAAAGUAACACGC